AUGGGAACGAGUAGGUUAACCGUCAAAAAUAGAAACAGGCUGUGCCACCGCCACAGCCGUUUUCUUCUUGGACUUGUUCUCUGCUCAUCGCUCCAGCUGUCCACGUUUUUGUGGGGUCCAACGCUUUCACUCCAACCUAUAUAUACCCCAAACCAAACCCAGAAACACCAAAUCGACUCACCGUCUCCGAGAUCAUCUAUACCAUCUUUCGAUCUUCGGCUAUACACGCCAACUGUUCGAUCAAAGUCCCCAAUGGCAUCAUCGGCAAGAAUUCAAUCUAUUGUCCUCUUCGCGUUGGUGUCUAUCUUUGCCGCUGCUGUUUCUGCUCAAGACUUCGACAUGGCGCCUGCGCCUGCUCCGUCUCAGGACAAGGGAGCGGGUUACUCUCUUGGGAUGUCUGGUGCUGUGAUAUGUUCUUCUCUGGUUUUGUCUCUGCUUGCUCUGUUGAAGCACUAGAUCUGAUGAUGCCUAGUUUCUGGGCUGGUGGGGAUCUGAUUAUUGAUUAUUAUUAUUUAUUAUCAUUUAUUUGAUAUUUGGGUUUUUGUUAGACAUGUCUAUUAAUUAAUUUUAGUCAUAGUGUAAUAAAAGAGAGAUCUUGAUUUAUCAUCUCUCCUAUUUUCUCCUAUAUAGCCAUGUAUUGUACACUCUUAUAUAUAUAUAUAUAUGAUCUAUUGAUCUAGAUA